AGCACACCUGAUCCCCCAACGGUUCACAGGGACAUCGGGGUCCCGCCUCCACGCCCACCGCCAAUGGCGGCGCCCUCCCAGUGCCCCUGCCCGUGGCCCGGCCGCUCUUGGCGGGGCUUGCAGGGCCCUGGGUCCGGACAAGCCCAUGCUGCUCUUGCUCCUAGGGGAAGGGCCAGGCCGCCACAUGCCCAGUGCCCCCGACCCGCAGCCCCGCCCCCCCGCCCCCGAACGGUAUUUCCUUGCCCCUCGGGGUAGGCUUCUCCCGCUCCGGUCCGCCCAAACAUGGCGGCCGCCUUGGCAUCCCCGUGCCCGACCCGCAGGGCUUCCGGACCCCGCGCUCGGCCCCGCCAGCCGUCCCUGGAGUCUCCCAGGUUGCCGGGGCGGUGGGGGCGGGGCACUACGCAUGCGUGGGCCUUUGCGGGGGCGCAGGAGACAGGCCCCCCGCACCCCCGCUCCCAUCCCGCAGGCGCCUCCCGGGGACGCCGCUUUGCGGGCUCACGGGAUCCCCAACGAGUUCCGCUUGAUGACAGUAGAGCACCACGUAUGCCAAGCGGCCCUUCCUCCUGGGCCUCUCCCUCCGCCCUUUGCCAAAGAAAAAAGGCAAGCCGUGUCCACCCUGGCUCCAACAUGGCGGCCCCCAUGUUUCUCCUCCUCUGGCUCUCGUGGGCGGAGCUCGUGAGGUUACGGGGAGCGGGGAGCCUCGCUCCUCUCUGGCUCCCCUUGACCGGCCUGGCGUCCAAAGCCCAAGGGCGAGGCUCAGCGAGCCCCAGCCAGGGUCCCCGAGGCUCCCGGCAGUGGCCUCGAACCCAUCCGGGGCUCCAUCUUGGCCCGCGCGGGAGACACGCUCUUCUGGUGCCGGGCCCAGAACCCCAGCCACGCCCCGCCGGUCCCUGCCCGAGCCUCAGUCAGGACUCCCCGAGAGGCCAGCCUCACCCCGAAGGCCUCCGAGCGCCCAGGAACAAAGGACAGCGGCGGCGGCGCGGCCCGCGGGCACCCGCCGAGGGGUCAACAGCGAGGUCCACCUCCCGCGGCCGGGGGAUGGAAGGUUCCCGGGCACCGGGCCCUUCACCGCGGCCUCCGACUCUGGACAGCUCCCGCGGGAGGGGCAGCGCCCACGCGCUCCCUUGCGCUCCAGGACCCGGGCCAUUCCCAGGCCACGGGUACUCCAGGUCAACGCAAACACUGCAGCUCCUCCUUUCCCGUCAAUCGGCCCAGAGGCCACGGUGCACACCUCACGGUCACAUCCACGGCACCCUGACCACCAGGCUCUCCCGUGCCUGGGGCACUGGAGAAGCCAGAAGUACCGCAAACACGCACGCACGCACGCGCGCGCGCACACACUCACAUCUUCUCUCUCACACACACCACAAAGACGCGCGGAAACACCCUUGGGGUCUCGCAAAACGCACGCUCGCACUCCUUCCCAUGAUCUCACGGGCGCGCGCGUGCACACACGCUCACACUCACACGUGA